AUGUCAUUACAAACACAACAAGAUCCACCAAAAGUUCUACGAAUCAAGAGAAAAAGAGGCCAAGAUCCGUUACAAGCAUUAAUUCUAGAAGAUACAAGAUCAAUUAAAAAAUCAAAACCAUCAACUCCAAUAUCAUCACCAAAAAGACCAUCAUCACCUAUUAACUAUUUAAAUAAUGGGAUUGAUACAACACCUUCAAAAAGACAUCCUAUAGAUCAAUUUCAACAAAGACAAAAACAAAAUGAAAAUUUAAAUUAUUUAUUUAAACUUUCUAAAACUGAAGAUGAUUUAAAAAAUUAUAAUAAUAAUGAAACUAUUUUAAAUUCUGUAUUAUCUGAAACAAGUUCAAGUUCUCAAUUUACUUCAAAAUCUGAUACAAAUAAAGUCAAGGAUUCAAAAAUACCCACUCAUGGAUCAGCAUUCAAAAGAAGAUUCGUCAUACAACCUCAAGGUCAAAAAAGAUCAAUACCAGAGGAUUAUGGUCAAGAAAUUGGAUUAUCUAAUGAAGUUAGUAGUAUGAUCAAUGAUUAUGUUUCAAAUGAAUCAACUUCAAAUACAAGACGGAAGAAAAGAGGUGGUAAAUCUAAUACUCAAAUUCAACAAAAUAUAAUUGAACAAAUACCAGAGAGUAAUCAAAUUUCAUCAACUCAACCAUCAUCAACAACUCAAAAUGACGAACAAUUAGUAGUACAAGAGGACGAAGAUGAUGACACGUACGUUUACGACGUAUAUCAUCUAAUAGAUUCAGAACCAUUAACAACAGCAAACCACCCUAAAACUCAAAUUGGAUAUAUUAGAUUCUUUAAUGAUUUAGAUGAAGAUGAAUCAUUUUUAUUAACCAAUGAUUCAGCAGAUGAUUUAAAUAAUCCUGAUUUAAAAAAACCAAGUAUAUUAACUGAUGAUGAAGAUUCAAAUGCUGAAUCAUUUUAUCAAAAUGAUUACCCCAGUGAUGAAGAUUUAGAAGGAUUAGAAGAAUUAAAUAAUUCAUUUGAAGAUGAAUUUAAUAAAUUAAAUAUAAAUAAUGAAAAAGAAAAUGAUGAUUAUGAAUAUGAACCACAUGAUGGAAUUGGAUUUAAUGGUGAUGAAUAUUUUGAUUAUGGAGAUGUUGAAAAAUAUAUGGAUUUACAAGAGCAAAAUAAUUAUGAAGAUGAUGAAGAAGAUGAUGAUGGUUAUGAUAAUGAUGAACCAAUUAAAAGAAAUGAAUUUUUUAAAAGUGAUCGUGAUGAUCCUAUUGCUAUUCAUAGAGAUAAAAUUUUUAAUAAAUUAGAAAAAAUGAUUAAUGAAUGA